AUGACAACGACAAAUGAUGACCACACCCAGGAAGUCACCGACAGCUUCACACUAUUUGACCAAAAUACGAGUACUUAUAACAGCGAACGGGGAAAUACUGAUCGAAAAUUGCUGGGAAUAACUUUUGACAAUGAUCUCUUCCGAGGACGCAUAGACUAUUGCAAUUUAUUACUGUUUAAUUCAGGCACCAGUACACACUAUACUAUGGAGAAUCACCGAGAACAAAACGAAACUGAUUUCGUUACAGCAGAAAAUUCGCAGUUAUCUGCUCCGCGAUGUCCAUCCCUUAAAAGUAAUAUUAAAAUAAGAGCAAAAUGUGAGCGUCCCCAUGCCGGGUAUAAUGCGCGCUUUAAGAAUUGCGGUGAACGUAGAAAACGUAUGACGUACCAUUUAUUUACAAACACAAACGAUCCGAUUGUGGGCAAACAUUCAAUCAUUUAUCGUUUGCCUCUCACAGGGAAACACAUCUACUUAAACAUCGAUGCGAAAGCUCUGACAGAUCCUUCAUCCGCAAGUACAGUUUGA